AUGCGAACUUACAAGAGUUAUAUGGUACAUAUGGGAUGCGUUGCCAAAUGUCGCCCAGGCCCAAAUUCAGUCUCCAAGCGCUUGCAUGUCGCAACUGCCACUGCGCGUAUCACAUUCAUACACUGCCGGAAGAGCUGCCAGAGGCAAUUUAAGGGUUUUAGCGUCUUGCCCAAGGACACAUCGGCAUUCAGACUGGGGGAUGCUGGGAUGGAACCGGCAGACCUUCGUGUUGAUGGGCGACCGACUCCACCUCCUGAACCACAGUGUGGAUUUUAUGAUGGCUCCAUCAAGAAGAAGAUCGAGUCAUUCAGGCGAUGGAGUUCAGCCAGUAUAAAGAGGCCUCCGAAGCAAAAGGCCAAGACCCUGAGUCUGUCCUCCCCAGUGGGAAACCCUGAAGACCUCUGGCUGCAAGAAGGAGACAGGAGGAAGCUGCGACCCAUCGUCGACUCAGUCUUUGGGCAGGAGGUGUCACCGGUAGAAAGAACCAGCGCCCCGUUAACUGCCGCCAUGCUGGAGGACCUGGGUGGUGCCGGUGAGGUGGACACCGAGGACGAGGAUGAAGGAGGGAACGAGCGGGAAUUCAAUGAGCCCCUGUGCGCUCUGGUUAAGAACUGCAACGUGCUGCACCACAUAGUGGGGCCUGCAUGUAUCUUCCUUAGACAGGGCUUCGCACAGAGCCAGCUUGACAGAGAUCUGCGGCCGGAGGAAAUGGAAGAGCUGCGCGAGGCCUUCAGGGAGUUUGACAAAGACAAGGACGGCUUCAUCAGCUGCAAGGACCUUGGGGAGUGCAUGAGGACAAUGGGAUACAUGCCGACAGAGAUGGAACUGAUCGAACUCAGCCAGCAGAUCUGUGGCGGCAAGGUGGACUUUGAGGACUUUGUGGAGCUGAUGGGUCCGAAGAUGCUGGCUGAGACUGCAGACAUGAUUGGGGUCAAGGAGCUGAGAGACGCCUUCAGAGAGUUUGAUUCGGAUGGCGACGGACAGAUCAGCCUUGGGGAGUUAAGAGAAGCCAUGAAGAAGCUGAUGGGGGAACAGCUGAACCACAGAGAGAUCGACGAGAUCCUGCGUGACGUCGACCUCAACGGGGAUGGACAGGUGGACUUCGAAGAGUUUGUGCGAAUGAUGUCUCGCUGACUCUUCACCAAACCUCACUCUGCUGCACUGGACCGGACCACAGUCGAUGUUCUUGUAAUUCUUCUUGACGUACAAACUUCUUGGUGUCUGUAUUUUAUUUUAUUUUUUUCGGUUCCCCCAUCGUCUCUCAAACGUAAGAGAGUCCCUUCAAUGUGUCAACUGUUGUAUGAAUGUAAUGUGUAUUCGACAUGUGAUGAGAGAUUAUCGCGCGAGGAGGUGGUUUAACCAAAGCUAUGGUCUGUUUAGAAGUUAACUGAGAAUCACAUUCCAGCAACGGCAUAUCUAUAUAUGCACAAAAUCUUGUUUAUAGUACAUUGCAUUAGUACAAUAAUAAAUUAUCACAUACCCCAAAUUGCUCCUGACCCUUACCCUAACCCUAGCUCGGGGUUUAGUUGCCAUGUCAGAGAUUUCUGUCUCAACUGAUGGAGACGAAUGGAAUUUAGUUUGUUGUGUUUCAUAGCAUAGCAUAAAACCCAAAUAAAUCUGUGUUGCUAGAUUGUUUUUUAAUCUAUUUGUUUAUUUUUGUAAAUGGGCGAACUGACCCUUUAAAUAUGCAAUUCAUAAGUCUACCUAACUUGAAUCUGAAGCGUGAUGUAAGGACGUGGAUUUACUAUCAGAUUUUCAAUAACAGCCCAUUUAAAAAUACAUUAUUUUAGUAUGGAUCGCAACAGAGUGUUUUGCUCAGAAAAAAAAGCAAAUGCAAGAGAUUAUAUAUGUAUCUUUAUUGUACCAACAACCACAUGAACUCAAAACAUAUCAGUUACUUUCAGGAUUCCAUUCAGCUGUGCAUGUCUGAUAUAUAAUUCAACCUUUCGAGAAAAAUAAUAUUUCUGCAGAUAUGUUUGACGACACAUCAGGUUUCAUGUCCAAAAUUCCCGUUUCCCUAUACAGUUGGGAAUUAGUUGACGGAGACUGUCUCAAAGUGUUUAUUUUAUGCACACAAACACAUAGAUUCACUGUUAUAUUUGUACAGUGUUCUACAGGUCAGAUCUUUAAACUACGUUGUGAAUAAAAAAGGUGAACAAGA